AUGGAUUAUCGUGUGAGAGGCCUAAACAUGUGGUUAGAAGAUGGAUCAAGUGAUGUUGGAGUAGCUGUAGUCUAUGGGAUGGGUGGAAUUGGCAAGACCACCAUUGCCAAGACUGCUUAUAACCAGAACUACAAUAAAUUUCAAGGUAGCAGCUUUCUUGCAGAUAUUAGAGCAACUUCAAAACUUCCCAAUGGUUUUGUACACUUGCAAAGGAACCUUCUUUCAGAUCUCCAAAAGGGGAAAGCAAAGAAAAUAUACAGCUUGGAUGAAGGAAUAACAAAGAUCAAACGGGCGAUACGUUGCAAAAGAGUUCUUAUUGCUCUUGAUGAUGUGGACAACUUGGAACAAUUCAAUGCAAUUCUUGGAAUGCGAGAAUGGCUUCAUCCAGGAAGUAAAAUAAUCAUAACAACUAGACAUGAACAUUUGUUAAAGGCUCAUGAGAAUUAUGCAAUAUUGUUUAAGGUGGAAGGGUUGCAUGAGUAUGAAUCACUUGAGCUUUUCAGUUGGCAUGCCUUUAGACAACCCCAUCCUAGCGAAGGUUACAUGGAUCUUUCAAGACCUGUAGUGCAACACUGUGGAGGGGUUCCAUUAGCUCUUCAAGUUCUAGGAUCUUCUCUAUUUGGUAAAGCUGCAGAUGUAUGGAAAAAUGCAUUACAGAACUUAGAUGUAAUUACUGAAGGAAAAAUUCAAAAGAUUCUCAGAAUAAGCUUUGAUUCUCUGCAAGAUCAUGACAAACGUCUGUUCCUCCAUAUAGCCUGUUUCUUCGUAGGAAAAGACAAUGAUUUUUCAACUACAGUCCUUGAUGAAUGUGAGUUUGCCACAAACAUUGGAAUGCAAAAUCUGGUUGAUAGAUGUUUGCUGAUAAUUGAUGGAUUCAACAAGUUAACCAUGCACCAAUUACUUCAAGACAUGGGAAGGGGAAUUAUUCGCGAAGAAUCGCCUGAGGAUCCUGGAAAACGUACUAGAGUGUGGAAUAAAGAUGCCUCUAAUGUUUUGAGAAAAUUAACUGUAAGAAAUAUCUUCUUUUACGUCUAUGUAUUCGUAAUUGUGUUGUGCAUGUGA